AUGCGACUGCUCCUUUUUUUGACGAUGUUCUGCGUGGGCUUCAUCCAGCAGGGUGUAGCAACACGUCAGCAAGUGAUCAAACGAGCCGAGACCGAAACCACCGCGCAGGUUCCGGUGUGCUGCAACUUUCACGGAUACCUCUCGACAGAAAAGGACGAAGCAGCGUGCAACGGCAAUCCGGUCAUGAGGUACGGGCCAUGUGUGCAAGAGCACUAUCAAUGCUGCUAUUGCGAUCGGCGCUAUUACACAAAAACGGCUGGAGAUCAGACCUGCCGCUCUUGUUCGGUGACAAGUGGGCCUUGUUUCCGUAUGCGGUAA